CGGCCCAGAGCCGGGACUGGGAGCCCGAGCCCUCCCGGCCGCUCUGCCGACCCGGCCAUGGAGGCGUACCGGGGCCGCGGCGGGCUGGCCGCGCUCUGGUGCCUUGGGCUCCUAGGGGGACUGGCGCGCGUCGCGGGCACGCACUACCGUUACCUCUGGAGGGGCUGCUACCCGUGCCACUUGGGUCAGGCCGGCUACCCCGUGAGCGCCGGCGACCGGAGGCCAGAUGUGGAUGAGUGCCAGGUACACAACGGCGGCUGCCAGCACAGGUGUGUGAAUGUGCCAGGCUCCUACCUCUGCGACUGCAGGCCCGGCUUCCGGCUCCACGCGGACGGCAGGACCUGCCUGGCCAUCAACUCCUGUGCCGUGGGCAACGGCGGCUGCCAGCACCACUGUGUCCAGCUCACGGUGACCCAGCACCGCUGCCAGUGCCGGCCCGAGUUCCAGCUCCAGGAGGACGGCAGGCGCUGUGUCCGGAGAGACCCGUGCGCAGACCGGAACGGUGGCUGCAUGCACACGUGCCAGGCCCUCCGAGGCCUUGCUCACUGUGAGUGCCACACGGGCUACCGGCUGGCGGCCGACCGCAAGGCCUGCGAAGACGUGGAUGAAUGUGCCAUGGGGCUGGCCCAGUGUGCCCACGGCUGCCUCAACACUCUCGGGUCCUUUAAGUGUGUGUGCCACGCGGGCUAUGAGCUGGGCGCCGAUGGCCGGCAGUGCUACCGGAUAGAGAUGGAGAUCGUGAACAGCUGUGAGGCUGACAACGGUGGCUGCUCCCACGGCUGCAGCCACAGCAGCACGGGGCCCCUCUGCACCUGCCCCCGCGGCUACGAGCUGGACCAGGACCAGAAGACAUGUAUUGAUGUGGAUGACUGUGCCGACUCACCGUGCUGCCAGCAGAUUUGCACCAACAGCCCUGGUGGGUACGAAUGUAGCUGCUAUGCUGGCUACCGGCUCGGUACCGACGGCUGCAGGUGCGAGGAUGUGGAUGAGUGUGCCUCCGGCCGCGGCGGCUGUGAGCAUCACUGCACCAACCUGGCCGGCUCCUUCCAGUGCUCCUGCGAGGCCGGCUACUGGCUAGAUGAGGACCGCAGGGGCUGCACUCCCCUGGAGCUACCCGAGGUGGACCUGGAGGGCCAGCUGCCCUUUGUGCGGCGCCCCCCGCACAUCACGGAGCUCCGGGACGAGCUGCCCCACCUCUUCCAAGAUGACUACGUGGCGGCCGAGGAGGAGGAGGCAGAGGCCCGGGGCGAACACACUCUGACGGAGAAGUUUGUCUGCCUGGAUGACUCCUUUGGCCAAGACUGCAGCUUGACCUGCGACGACUGCAGGAACGGAGGGACCUGCCUCCCGGGCCUGGACGGCUGCGACUGCCCCGAGGGCUGGACCGGGCUUGUCUGCAAUGAGACCUGUCCUCCAGACACCUUCGGCAAGAACUGCAGCUUCUCCUGCAACUGUCAGAACGGUGGCACCUGCGACCCCAUGACGGGGGCCUGCCGCUGCCCUCCGGGUGUCAGCGGAGCCCACUGUGAGGAUGGCUGCCCCAAGGGCUUCUACGGCAAGCACUGCCGCAAAAAGUGCCACUGCGCCAACCGAGGCCGGUGCCACCGCGUCUAUGGGGCCUGCCUCUGUGACCCGGGGCUCUAUGGCCGCUUCUGCCACCUGGCCUGCCCGCCAUGGGCAUUCGGGCCGGGCUGCUCGGAGGAGUGCCGAUGUGAACAGCGGAACACACGUGCCUGCGACAGAAGGGACGGCAGCUGUUCCUGCAAGGCCGGCUUCAGGGGCGAGCGAUGCCAGGACGAGUGCGAGCCGGGCUUCUUUGGGCUGGGGUGCCGGCAGAUGUGCGCCUGCCCUCCGGGUGCAGCCUGUGACCCCGUCAGCGGCGAGUGUGGGAAGCAGUGUCCUGCUGGCUACCAAGGGAAGGCCUGUGACCAAGGUGAGUGGCCAGCCCUGGUGCCCAGGGUCUGGGUGGUGUGCAGGUCGUUCACCCUGGGCUCUGGACACCAGAAACUGAGUCAGCCCUGCAGUCUGGCCUGGGCGGCACCUUUACCAGCUGUGUCCCUGUCCUGUACCAGCAGUGACAAGGCCACUGGUCUGCCCGUGGCUGUGCGGCCGAGAGGGCUGCUCAGGCAGGAGCUGCCUGCCCCUGGAUCCUGUCUGUCUGUGCCCUCUGGGCUGCCCUUCACUGCUCCCCCGUGCGUGGUCAGCCCAGGCACUGGCUGCUGGCCAAGCACAGAGUGCCCAGAGGGGACGUUCGGUGUGAACUGCUCGGGCUCCUGCUCCUGUGGGGGCGCCUCCUGCCACCGGAUCACGGGGCAGUGCCAGUGCCCUCCUGGGAGGACCGGGGACGACUGUGGGGCAGAUUGUCCCGAGGGCCGCUGGGGGCUUGGCUGCCAGGAGAUCUGCCCGGCGUGUGAGCACGGGGCCACUUGUGAGCCUGAGACCGGAGCCUGCCUCUGCCUCCCUGGCUACACGGGCAGCCGCUGCCAGGACGCCUGCCCAGCAGGCUGGUUUGGGCCCGGCUGCCAGAUGAGGUGCUCCUGUGCCAAUGAUGGACACUGCCACCCGGCAACCGGACGUUGCAGCUGUGCCCCUGGGUGGACCGGCCUCAGCUGCCAGAGAGCCUGUGACAGCGGGUACUGGGGACCUGACUGCAGCCACACCUGCAACUGCAGCACAGGCCACGGGAGCUGCGAUGCCGCCAGCGGCCUGUGCCUGUGCGAGGCCGGCUACACGGGCCCCCGGUGCGAGCAGCAGUGUCCCCAGGGCCACUUCGGGCCAGGCUGUGGGCGGCGGUGCCAGUGUGAGCAUGGGGCAGCCUGUGACCACGUCAGUGGGGCGUGCACCUGCCCAGCCGGCUGGAGGGGAACCUUCUGCGAGCACGCUUGCCCGGCCGGCUUCUUUGGCAUGGACUGCCGCAGUGCCUGCAACUGCACCGCGGGAGUGCCUUGCGACGCCGUGAACGGCUCCUGCCUCUGCCCGGCCGGCCGCCGGGGCCCCCGCUGCGCCCAGACCUGCCCCGCGGGCCUGUAUGGCAAGGACUGUCAGCAUUCCUGCCUCUGCCAAAACGGGGGCACCUGUGACCCUGUCUCAGGCCACUGCACCUGCCCAGAGGGCUGGGCUGGCCUGGCCUGUGAAAAGGAGUGCCUCCCGGGGCGCUUUGGAGCCGACUGCCAGCACAGCUGCGGAUGCCUCAAUGGUGGCCUCUGUGACCGGCACGUGGGCCACUGCAUCUGCCCGGCCGGCUGGACUGGGGACAAGUGCCAGAGCCCCUGUGCCGAGGGCACAUAUGGGGCUGGCUGUGAGGAGCGCUGUGCCUGCCGGCGGGGAGCCACCUGCCACCACGUCAUGGGGUCCUGCCUCUGUCCCCCAGGAUGGAGGGGCUCACGGUGCGAGAAUGCCUGCCCGCCUGGCUGGUUUGGAGAGGCCUGUGCCCAGCACUGCCAGUGCCCACCUGGUGCUGCCUGCCACCAUGUCACUGGGGAGUGUCGCUGUCCCCCAGGCUUCACCGGGCCCGGCUGUGAGCAGGCCUGCCCGCCCGACACCUUUGGGGAGAGCUGUGGGCAGAAGUGCCAGUGUCCCGGCGAGAACCAGGCCUGCCACCCGGCCUCGGGGGCCUGCGUGUGCGCUGCCGGCUUCCACAGCGCCGGCUGCCGGCUACGGUGCCCGCCUGGAUGGUUCGGGCCGGGCUGUGAGCAGCUGUGUGGGUGUCUCAACGGUGGCUCCUGUGAUGCGGCCACAGGGGCCUGCCGCUGCCCCGCUGGGUUCCUCGGGACCGACUGCAGCCUCGCUUGUCCCCAGGGCCACUUCGGCCCUGGCUGUGCCCACGUGUGCAAGUGUGGGCAGGGGGCAGCCUGCAACCCCGUGACGGGCGCCUGCACCUGCCCCGCGGGGAGGACCGGCGUCCACUGUGAGCACAGCUGUCCCCAGAACCGGUUUGGAGUGGGCUGUGAGCACGUGUGUUCCUGCAGAAAUGGGGGUCUAUGCCAUGCCACCAACGGCAGCUGCUCCUGCGGCCUGGGCUGGAUGGGGCCGCGCUGUGAACUGGCCUGCCCCCCCGGGCACUACGGCGCCGCCUGCCGCCUGGAGUGCUCCUGCCGCAACAAUGGCACCUGUGAGCCCACCACGGGUGCCUGCCGCUGCGGUCCCGGCUUCUACGGCCAGGCCUGCGAGCACACCUGUCCCCCCGGCUUCCACGGGGCUGGCUGCCGGGGGGCGUGCAGGUGUCAGCAUGGAGCCCCUUGCCACCCCGUCAGUGGCCAAUGCCUCUGCCCCGCCGGCCUCCAUGGCCAGUUCUGCGAGAGGGGGUGUGAGCCUGGCUCAUUCGGAGAGGGCUGCCGCCAGCAGUGUGACUGUGAGGGUGGGGUGCCCUGUGACCCCGUCACUGGCCAGUGCCUUUGCCCCCCGGGGCGCAUGGGGACCACCUGUGACCUUGACUGCAGAGGGGGCCUCUUUGGGCCGGGCUGUGCCCUGCGCUGUGACUGCGGGGGUGGAGCUGACUGCGACCCCGUCAGUGGGCAGUGCCACUGUGUGGACGGCUACACAGGGCCCACAUGCCAGCAAGGUGGGCCCCCCCAGCUCCCCGAGAGCCCAUCCCCAACCCUGGGCCCAGGGGCCAUGGACAGCCUGCAGCUCUCGCUCUGCAAGGAUCAUCUGGCCAUGAGGAGGGAGACCAUGUGUGGUCCAGCUCCACCAAGCCCAGGCGAGUGGACCGGACCUCGGGCCACCCAGCUGCACUGGCUGCACCUCCAUGCCCUAGGGCUGCUGCAGCUCAGCCUGUUUACCUGCCGUAUUUAUGUAAAGGUAUUUAUGGGCACUGGACACGCCCGCUGCGCCCCAGGCGCUGGAAGGCUGCCUGGCUCCUGCUCCACCCCGGGAAGCCCUGACCCUGGACUGUGGGGCCCUGCGGGGCCUCUGGGCGUGGGCUCUGGGGACAUGGUGAAGAGCUACGGCAGUGACAAGGCCAUAAACCCCAGUGCAGACGGACGUGGUGACGUGGGCAUGACCACGGCAGCAUACUGA